AUGACUACAGCUCAUAGACCAACGUUCGAUCCGGCGCAAGGAAAAGAAGCUCUCCGUGGGCCGGCUUACCACCAGAGACUUCUUCCCGCCCAUACACACCUAAAGACCCGUCAACCCGGACAAGGUGGCGACGCAGAUGCUGCCCCGCGUGACUUGCGCGCAGAGCUUCUCCAGGCUGAAGCUGCACACUUCGCUAAGAAGAACGGCGUUCCCCUCGAUACACCAGCUCUCACGGACUCCGCCCCCAAGCGCCAGCUCGAGGCUGCACCCGAAGAUGCCAGUGAUGAACUACAAGAGGAGGACCCAGAAGCGAAACGGAGGCGCAUAUUGGAAGAGUCGCGUGAUAUAGACGCCGACUCGGAUGGAUCAGAAGAAGACAGCAGUGACGAAGAUAGCGAUGAUGAGGACGAGGCAGCAGAGCUAAUGCGUGAGCUGGAGAAGAUCAAGAGAGAACGUCUCGAGCAGAAAGAGAAAGAGGAGCGCGAACGAGCCGCCGAGGAAGAGGAGCAGCGUGAGGUUGAUAUUGCCCGCGGAAACCCUCUACUCAACUCGCAGGACUUCAACAUGAAGCGUCGCUGGGACGACGACGUUGUGUUCAAGAACCAAGCUCGAGGCACAGAGAACCGAGAUGGCAAGGAAUUCGUCAACGAUCUCCUUCGUUCCGAUUUCCACAAGCGCUUCAUGGGCAAAUACGUGCGUUAG